UUAAUCAAUGAAAUUUUAUAGCAUCAUACUAUUUAUUCUUCACAAUAAUAUAGCAAAAGAAAUAGAAAAACAACAGUUUUGUAAAGGAUUACUAUGUGACGAUGAUGAGAAUGUAAGUGUAUGUGGUUUACGCAUUGAAGACACUGGAUUUAGAUUGAAGCUGUUCAAAAAUGAAUGCGAACUUAUGAAAUACGGUUGCAGCCUUAAUGAGGAACUUGCUUACGGAUUAAUUAACAAAGAAUAUUGCGAGCAUUCAUUUGCAGAUUUUAAUGAAAGUCUAUAUAGUAUGGAAAAUAAUGAUCAAAAAUUGAACCGUAUUUUAUUUCAUGCUAACGCAUCAGACUGCACAGAUAAUAAAUGCGUUAACGAAAAUGUAAACGAAGUAUGCGGCAUCAGACAAGAUGGCGUCGGUUACAGAAUAAAAUUAUUUAAAAGUAAAUGCGAAUUAGUAAAACAUAAUUGCGAAAACGAUCAGAAAUAUAACGAAACUGAUCUAUUUAUUUGUAAACAGUCAGAUAAUAUCAUUAAAGAUGUACAUAAUGACAAUUUUACAAUUGAAAAAUAUAAUGAAAGUAAAGAUAAACAUUUAGUAGUCGUAAACGGCAAUAUGCUUGGACUUGGUGAUAUAAAUGAUACAAUUGACACUUUCUUUGCUGCGUCUCAUGUUUUCGACUUACCGUUAAAAGAAAUUCAACCUUUCAAUACUAGGAGGAUGCAUUUGAAAUAUGCUGGACCUGCAAAGGUAUUCGUACCGUGGAUUGUUAAACCUAAAAAUAUUAGCAGCGACACGUUUCAUAGACCUACGCUAUCGUCGUGCUACCAUAAGUGCCCAAUAAAAUGUCCUGAGACUUACGCACCAGUGUGCGGAGUUCCUGGCAUAGUGGCGCGAGAGCCUGCCUUAAUGUUUCAAAACCACUGCUUUAUGGACGUAGCUCAGUGUAAGAUGUUUUGGGAGGGGAAAAGCAGUACUUCUCAUAGCUCUUCAUACGUCGAGGCUUCUUUCCUGUUCUGCAUGGGAGAUGCAAUGAACGCCGUCUACAGGUUCUUACCCGCUAUAAGAACCCUGCAACACAUGGGACGUCUCAAGAAGAAAGGAAAAUUCAGAGCCAAAUUAAGGAAUUUUAGAUAUGUAAGCGAAUUUAGAUCGGGUCGUCCUAAAUUUAUGGGUUGAAUAAAAACUUUUUUGUUUUGCA